AUUUAGUAGGCAUAGCCCUGAAUGUCUAAAAGUGAUGAUAUGCUUUAAAAAUCUACUGGGAGUUAUCAGCACCACUUGGUAUACAAUAGCCUCCUAUUCAAAGCAACAAAAUAACUCCUAGUUUGAUGUAGGCCUAAUAAAAUAUUUUGACGAUAAAGAAGUGAAAGGAGUGCAUAUUUAAGUUGUUUCUGUGAAAGGGGGUAUAGGCAGAUAAAAGUGUUUUUUUCCCAGCUAAUAAAUUACACGUAGGGGGAGGGCUUGACUUUUUUUUGUCUCCCUCACCCCUCCCCCAGACCCUAAAGUCCUGCCAAAUGUGUACCAGCACGGUCCUGUGUCAUGCCUGUGUGCUCUGAAAGCGAUUGAACUUUCGAUAAUGCGACGAUACAUUCGUGCAUUCCUCGUGUGCACGGUGUUGGCCGUGUUAUCGGUAUUGUACGUGUACAGUAAACUAUUCUACUCGACUCAGUUGGACGGAGGAGGCGUCGGUAGGAUGACGUUCUUGUCGCCAGCUGCUUCCCAGCGGAGAGCCAUCGGACAAGGAACCAAGCUAGUAAUAGACAGAAAAGGCCCCGACAGCCAACAUUGGAAUAACAGGAACAUCAUGCGUCAGAGGGUUGAGAGCAAUCCCAGUCCUGCUCCCAUCAUGCACCUUGGCGUGGUGGCGUGCGGCCAGAGGCUGGAGGAGACCCUGACCAUGGUUAAGUCUGCCGUGCUCCUCAGCUCCAAGCUGCUCCUCCUGCAUCUGUUCUCUGAGGAGCUUCUGCACAGCAGCUUCACACAAGCGAUGGAGUCUUGGCCUGGUCAUGUGCGCUCCAGGUUCAGCUACAGGCUGUACCCCAUCACUCUCCCCCAGGAGCACGCUGCAGAGUGGAGGAAGCUCUUCAAACCCUGUGCCUCCCAGAGGCUCUUCCUCCCUCUCAUCCUGAAGGACGUAGACUCCCUGCUCUACGUGGACUCUGACGUCGUGUUCCUGGAACCUGUCGACGCCCUGUGGGUGUUCCUGACCGCCUUCAACUCCACCCAGCUGGUUGCCAUGGCGCCGGAGCACGAGGAGCCGCGCAUAGCCUGGUACAACCGUUUCGCCCGCCACCCGUACUACGGACGCACCGGGAUCAACUCUGGGGUCAUGCUGAUGAACAUGACCCGCAUCAGGAGCACCUACUUCAAGAAUGACAUGACGUCCAUAGGACUCAGGUGGGAGGAGUUACUGAGGCCUCUGCUGCAGAAAUACAAGCUGAACAUCACCUGGGGAGACCAGGACCUGCUUAACAUUAUCUUCCACCACAACCCUGAGUGUCUGUUGGAGGUGUCAUGCCAGUGGAACUACCGUCCAGACCACUGUAUCUACGGCUCCAACUGUGUCUCAGCAGAGGAAGCUGGGGUCUGCAUCCUCCAUGGCAACAGGGGGGUCUACCAUGACCACAAACAACCUGCCUUCAGAGCUGUAUACGAUGCCAUAAAGCAGUACUCGUUUGACGCGGACCCAGUCAGCUCUCUGCUGCGCCCCCUGGAGGCCGCACUGCAGAACACCACCCACACCUACUGUGGCAAGGCCCACCACCAGCUCACCAAGAGACUGGCAGUCAGUCUAACCAGCACACACAGAGACUGACCUUCCAGAGCUUUCCAGACUGGUCUAGACUUUAGGAUGACUGCAGCUUGUCCAAGUCUUUUACCUGAGUCUGCCCUGGACAGCUGCACAUUGUUGUGUCCAUCAAGACUCUCAUCAAGAGAUAUUGGAGAAUCUACGUUAUCCCCAUGUUCACAUGGAAUAUACACACCGUGGGGUAAACACCAGGAUGGUUCUGGUAAAGGCAGGAGGACUUGUAUGUCUUUACUACUACUUUAUUGCACACUAUACAAUACAUGAUUGUACAUUUGAUUUGGCAUUGUGGUUCUGCUUGCAUCGGCUCCCUGCCGCAUCCACGAGACACUGUCUGGACCUCCGAGCAGAGAGCAGAGACGCAUUCCCCCUAAGACAGGAAACAGAACCAAGGGUGGAGGCCGGGGAGGCAGAGGCAGCAGGAAGACUGAUGUCUAUGUCGCACUAGCGAUGCAUAUGCCGGGAUACCCCGCUAUAUACCCCGCCCUAUUAGGAGGGAGUGCCCUGCAGCAUUAAUAAUGAGAAGUCACGCGUCCUCCUUCAUGAACCAGCUCCGCUUGUUAAAGGCACAUUUUGUCAGGAAAUCUGUGUUCAAACUGUCUGUGACCCACUGUGCCAUGUUGUCGUGUUUGUUACCAAUGUGCAUAAGUUAGUGUUUGUUUUCUAUUCAUAUGCAAUUCCAAAGUUUGUUGUGUUUUUUUAUUUGCACUGUUAAACGUACAAACAAUGAUGAACAUCAGGUAAAAAAAAGAAAGAAUGUUUCUUUGGAAUGUUGUGUUCUAUGUCCUAUAUGUUUGUAUUUGUGGAUUGUGUAGCAUCUCCAUGUGUAUCCCAGAAUGUGUAAACAGCCAAAUGUUGUAUAAUUUAUGCAAUAAAAACUAGGUGUGUAACAAUAUAUCACAAUACAAAAUGUUUACAAUACGUAUCGUAGAGUUAUGGCAAUAUUUUUACAAUAUUACGUCUGUUUGAUCUUAUUGAUUGAGCUACCAGUGUGCGACCUACUCUGCACCUGUGUCAUGCGGGCAUUCACAGAAAUGGCUUGAACUCAGUUAACUGUAUGUACAACAAAGAAAAUGAAUGAAACUGUUUAAUGUUUUGGAAAUAAAAUCUGUU